AUGACUAGUUGGAUUGAAUUAGAAAUAAUACUUCAAAAGAAAAAGACAAUUGAUGAAAGUGUGCAAGUAGCAAUUAACAAAGAGAGAGAACAUUGGAAACAAAUAUUGAAGAGAAUAAUUGCAGUUGUGCAAAGAAUUGCGAAAAAUAACUUGGCACUUCGAGGAGAUUGUGAAAAGCUUUAUGUUGAGAAUAAUGGAAUCUUUUUGCAGUUAAUUGAAAUGAUUGCCGAAUUUGAUCCAAUAAUGGAGGAACAUCUUCGGCGUGUUCAAGAACGACAGAUUCAUUACACUUAUCUUGGACCCAAAAUCCAAAAUGAAUUGAUACAGAUGUUGGCAGCUGAAGUAAGAAAUGCAAGUCACGAGGAACAGAUGUCCCUUGUAAUUAGAUGUGUGGAUGAUUCAAAAAAUGCAAUAGUGGUUGAAGAAUUUUGGAUUGGAUUUUUGAAAGUUAAUGAAACUUCUGGGCUUGGGCUUUUUAUAGAGCUUAAAAAUAUUUUGAGCAAUCUCGAACUUGCGAUUGACGAUAUAAGAGGUCAAGGAUAUGACAAUGGAUCUAAUAUGAAAGAAAAAAUGGAUAUUGAUGUUGCUAUCGGACAGUUAAAGGGGCUUAUUUCUUUUCUCCAAGAGUUUAGAGAAUCUGGAUUUGAUCAAGCCUUGGUUGAAGCCGAACAUAUUGCAAGUGAAAUGGGAAUUGAACAUAUUUUUCGAGAAAAACGUAUCAUUCAGAGAAAGAGACAAUUUGAUGAUAUCAACAGUGAAGAGUGGACGGUUGUUAUCCAAAUUCUUAUAUCGCAUAUCGAGUUUUGCUAA